AUGACAUCAUCAAUAAUGAUAGCAGCAACAGAUUGGAAUGUACCAUAUAUAUUCAAAGGUGCAACGAUCAUUGAUGAUUCAUAUUCAUGGAUAGGAGGACAACGUUUGGCUGAUUUACUCAAACAAAAAUUAUUAUCAUUUCGAAUUGGCAAACAACAAAAAUCAUUAUUCGGUGAUCGUGUUCAAUUUGAAAAAGAUUGUAUUCAUAUUCAAUCAACUGUUGAUGAUUUUCUUUCUUGGACAACAUCAAUCGAUAAUAAUUCUCUUCCAAUUGAUCAUCCAUUAAAACAAUAUUCAAAUAAAGAAUAUUUUGCUUAUGCAGAUUAUAUACAUUUACCUGAAUUAUUUGAAAAUGAAUCACAUCCUUUAAUAAAUAUGAUCAAAUGGGCUGAUAUGGGUUUAAAAGAUCGGUGUGGAAAAGAAUCAACAUUAUGGAUUGGUUCUCAAGGUGCUCAUACACCUUGUCAUUAUGAUACAUAUGGAAUUAAUUUUGUUGCUCAAAUUGUUGGAAAAAAACGAUGGUUAUUAUUUCCAUCAGAUAGUCCAAUAGGUCAAUUACAAACACGUAUACCAUAUGAAGAAUCUAGUGUUUAUCUUGAUAUUGAUCCAUCUGUAUUGGAUAAAUUCAAAAAUAUUGAUGUUUAUGAUAUAAUUCUUGAACCUGGCGAUGUUUUAUUUGUACCAAAACAUUGGUGGCAUUUUGUUUUAUCUCUUGAUUCAAUAACUAUUUCAGUUAAUAGUUGGUUAGAACAACCUGAUGAUCAUAUAGAACGAAUCAAAGAAAUGCUUGUUCGACAAAUUAUUACAUCAACUAUGAUAUCACAUGAUUAUUCAUCUGAUCAAUGGUUAAAUCAUAAUGAAGUUGCUACUGAUCCAACAACAAAUUUAACUUUAUUAUCUAGUUUAUUAAUGGAUUUAGAUUCAACAAAUGAAAUAAAAGAACCUCCAUUAAAACGAUAUCGAUAUAUAAUUACUCCAGCUAAUCAUGUACAUGAACAACGUUUAACAAGUACAUUAUUUGAACAUAUUAAUUUAUCAAAAUCAAAUAAUAAUAUUUCUACGAAUAUAUGUUCUAAUGAAUCAAAUGAUGAAAUUCUCUUAAAACGUCUUUUAAAAGCUAUGACUGCACCUGAUACAAUUGAUUUAAUUUAUAAUAAAUUACUUUCUGUUUAA